CCGUGCGCCAGAACGUACCAGAACGUUUGAAUCCUCAGUAUCCGUCACAACUCUAUUUUUUAAUUUUCGAGGCAUUUAUUGUCCACCUAUAUUUAUAUAUAUUUAUAUAUAUAUAUAAAAAAAAUUUACUGUGAAGUUUUAGUGAAUUUAUUUUAUCAAUUAUUUUAAAAUGCGUGAGUGUAUCUCAGUCCACGUUGGCCAAGCCGGAGUUCAGAUCGGCAACGCCUGCUGGGAGCUCUAUUGUCUAGAACAUGGAAUUCAGCCGGAUGGGCAAAUGCCCUCAGACAAAAUGUUAGGCGGCGGUGACGACAGUUUCAAUACUUUUUUCAGUGAAACCGGGGCUGGUAAACAUGUACCGAGAGCUGUAUUUGUCGAUUUGGAGCCUACUGUCGUUGAUGAGGUACGCACUGGAACUUACCGCCAGCUAUUCCACCCCGAGCAAUUAAUAACCGGUAAAGAAGACGCAGCCAACAAUUACGCUCGCGGGCAUUACACAAUUGGAAAGGAAAUAGUUGAUCUCGUGUUAGACAGAAUCCGCAAAUUGGCUGACCAAUGUACCGGUUUACAAGGAUUUUUAAUAUUCCACUCCUUUGGCGGUGGUACCGGUUCUGGUUUCACGUCCUUAUUGAUGGAACGUCUUUCAGUUGAUUAUGGUAAAAAAUCAAAACUUGAAUUCGCUAUUUAUCCAGCGCCUCAAGUAUCCACAGCCGUCGUUGAACCAUACAAUUCAAUUCUGACAACCCAUACAACAUUGGAACAUUCCGAUUGCGCAUUUAUGGUCGACAACGAGGCUAUUUAUGACAUUUGCCGACGUAAUUUGGACAUAGAACGCCCUACUUACACCAAUUUGAAUCGUCUUAUUGGGCAGAUUGUGUCUUCAAUUACGGCGUCAUUGCGUUUUGACGGAGCAUUGAACGUCGAUUUGACUGAAUUCCAAACAAAUUUGGUACCAUACCCGCGUAUUCAUUUCCCAUUGGUCACUUACGCACCGGUAAUUUCUGCAGAGAAGGCUUACCAUGAGCAAUUGUCGGUCGCUGAAAUAACAAACGCAUGCUUUGAACCCGCGAACCAGAUGGUCAAAUGCGACCCAAGACGCGGUAAAUAUAUGGCCUGUUGUAUGUUGUAUCGUGGCGACGUUGUACCUAAGGACGUAAAUGCUGCCAUUGCGACAAUAAAAACAAAGCGGACAAUCCAAUUCGUCGACUGGUGUCCUACUGGAUUUAAGGUUGGUAUCAACUACCAGCCGCCGACAGUGGUACCUGGUGGGGAUUUGGCCAAAGUACAACGUGCUGUUUGCAUGUUGUCCAACACGACGGCCAUUGCUGAGGCAUGGGCAAGACUUGACCACAAAUUUGACCUUAUGUACGCAAAGAGGGCUUUUGUUCACUGGUACGUUGGCGAGGGUAUGGAAGAAGGAGAAUUUUCAGAAGCAAGAGAAGAUUUGGCGGCUUUGGAAAAAGAUUAUGAAGAAGUUGGCACUGAUUCUGUUGAAGGCGAAGCUGAGGGCGCUGAAGAAUAUUAAAUUUAUAAAAAUCUUUUUUAUUUAUUUGUUAUUAUUAUUAUUAUUUGAGGCUUGUUCUUUUUUGUUGUUGAUGCGAACUUGAUUUUUUAUUGCGAAAUAAAAGUAUUUAAAAAUUUUA